UGGUAUCAUUUGUCGAACAACAACAUCGCUGAAACAUUGCUGAAUACCUUCCAAUCAGUGCACACGCUCUGUAAAAAGAGUCUAUACUUCAGUCCUUCACGACUCCAACUCGAAAACUCCACAGACGUCAAUCAGAAGAUGCUCGCUAUUUUCGCUCUCAAAGCCAAAACCAUCAUCCUGUAACAAAAACCAUCAACUCGCUAUCAUAUACUCGCUGCAAUGCACCCUUUGCCCAUCCCAUCCCAAAAACUCCCCAUCCUCACCACACCAUGCACACCCAACAUAAGAAAAAACCCGCGCGUCGGCACUCUCAAAACACCAACAUUCCCAAACCAAGUUAGCCCAAACAUGCUUCCCAUGAGGGGGUAUACCCAUGCACACGGAAAAAGGAAAAAACAGUCCCAUGUGGUUAAACAAUCCCAACAGACACCAAUGAAACAACAUAAUAAAGUGGACAACAAAGGGGAACCGAAUCCAAGUUCACACCAGAAGGGGUAUUCUAGCCAUGGACCCGUGACGUGGCGUAGGCGGACAUUAGACGUUAUCACUAACAUCUCGACUCGUGAGAUGGCGGGUAUAGGAGGGUAUAUGUGGAGGGUAGAGGCAACCUUUGCCCCAACACCGAAGCGUCGAGCCGCGAGUUGGCUUCUUACUCGAACGUUGCCUUGCUGGACGCCUGGACGCGCCGCAUGCAGACGCGCUGCAGACAGACAAUGGAGCCGUGGCUUGAUCAAUUGCAGCAUGCCAUACGGCCCGAAGAUGUGGUCUGCUGGGCGUCACGCGGCCGCAGGGACCUUGAUCUUCUUCGGCAAUGAGCCGUCCUGAGGCAUAUUUAGCCCGGGCCGAAUGCUGCCACGUGGGAUGCGUCCAAGGGGCAGGGUAGCUUCAUGCCGGUGUUGUUCCGGGAGCGCGAUGAGACCCUCGAUUGGGAGAGACCAAAGGCCUCGAGAGACAUGAAGAGUUCCAAAAGCACGUCUAAAUGCUACCGCGGCGGAUCUUGAGGGUUCUGUUGAUUGCGCGGAGAGCCAUGGCGACUCUCAC